AUGGCUGAAUGCACCAUGGACAACGCCGCAGGUCCCACCGAUGUCAACGGCUGGGUCCAGCAACAAGCCACCGACUACACUGCUGUUGAGGCCGCGGAGAACAUGCACACUUGGGAUGGCAACGCUCCCGUCUACCAGUGGAGCGACGAGUUUGGAGACGUUGGUCCGAGGUUUCCUCACCUUGAAUUAGAGCUGUUCGGUGAUCCCGCAACUCGUCAUGAACGUACUGGUCUGGACUUUGCGAGGAUCGAUCAAAUCGAGGUCCAGCAAGAAGGGCCUGUCAGGAUUGAUCCUGUUCGAUCUUUCAAGGACGCCGGCCUCCAUCCUGUCAUGCUCGAAAACAUCCAGCUCUUCGGUUUUGCCAACCCGACCCCGAUCCAGAAAUACACAAUCCCUUCCAUGCUUCAGGGACACGAUGUAAUCGGCAUCGCUCAGACGGGCUCAGGGAAGACUGCCGCCUAUCUUAUACCCAUUCUGAGCAAAUUGAUGGGCAAGGCCAAAAAGAUCACGGCUCCAAGGCCCAACCCUGCCACCCAUGAUGCGAAUUCUCCGAGAUUCGUGGCAGAGCCACUUGUCUUGAUCGUCGCCCCAACUCGCGAGUUGGCGGUGCAGAUCUUCAACGACACACGAAGACUCUGCUACAGAUCUAUGCUUCGUCCCGCCGUGGUCUAUGGCGGAGCCGCCGUUCGUGACCAACGCGACAAUCUGGCCUUGGGCUGCGACAUACUCAUCGGAACGCCAGGGCGACUGAUCGAUUUUAUGUCGCAGCCAGACGUUCUGGCGCUUCGGCGCCUCAGAUAUGUGGUCAUCGAUGAGGCAGACGAGAUGCUGGAUUCAGAUUGGGGCGAUGACAUUCGUCAGAUCCUCACGGGCGGAGAACAGGAUGAGGGGAACAUCGUCUAUGGCCUGUUCUCAGCCACCUUUCCCAAGGCGGCCCGCGAUCUUGCCAGGGACCAUCUAUCGGCUUCUCACGUUCGCUUCCGCGUUGGUCGCGCUGGCAGUACCACCGAAAACAUCCGGCAGACCGUGAUGCAGGCAGAACGCGACGAAAAGCGCGACAAGCUCGUCAACCUGCUCAAUGGGAUGCACGGGGUCCGGACACUCAUCUUCGUAAACUCUCGUCAAGAGGUUGAUAACCUGGACGAUUUUUUGUUCAACACAGGUGUUCCGGUGACGUCGAUGCACAGCGACCGAACCCAGAUGGAGCGAGAGGCCGCCCUGCGAGCGUUCCGAUCUGGGAAGGCGCCGAUUCUUGUUGCAACUGGCGUCAUGGCGCGUGGCAUUGACGUCCGCAAUGUCAUGCACGUCAUAAACUACGAUCUUCCCUCCAUGGAUUAUGGGGGUAUCGAGGAGUAUACGCAUCGCAUUGGCCGAACUGGACGAAUGGGCCAUCGUGGCAUUGCCACUUCCUUCUUUUCCGAAAGGGACGAACCAAUAGCGAGCGUCUUGACUCGAACUCUGCUUGAGACGAAGCAGGAAAUACCGGACUUUCUGCAGCUCUACGUUCCGCAGGGAGCAGCUGCCGAAAAGCCCAAAUUCGAGACAGAGUCGGAUUUUGAUCCCGCGGACCUCGGCGCCACUGCCGACCUGGGCGACGUGGGAGGUGGUGCUUGGCUCAACGGAGGUGAGGCAGCCGAGCCUGAGGCGGACGGCUCCGGUGGUGCUGGCUGGGGCGCUGGGGGUGGUGACGACUCGGGAGGCAACACGAACGGCAAUGGGUCCUGGGCCGCUGCUCAGCCUGCCCAAUCCGGCUGGUAG